AGAAACACAUUUGUUCAUCAGCAAGCGUGCGGAGACAGUCUUCCAACUGCUCAAACACACACACUCGCACACUCACACUCACACACACACUCGGAAUGGAGCGUCUGCUGACCAUAUUCGAGCAGGCUGAUCCCUUCUCUACCUGGUGGCCUACCAUUGCAGCCCUCGUGGUCGGCAUUGUGAUUACAGUGCGCACCAUAAUGAGCGGCCAGCGGUGUCCCAACGAUAAUCAAAUCAAGGAGCAAAUUGUUGUAGUUACCGGCGGCAGCAGCGGCAUUGGCUUUGAGAUUGCCAAAGCGCUGGCGGCGCGUGGCGGCCGCAUUAUCCUUGCGUGCCGCAAUCUAGCCGAGGGCGAGCGUGCCGCAGCAAUUAUUAAGCGGGAGCUGGGCUGCCGCACUCCAACCUCAGCCGAUGACACCGUUAGCCCCGCCGAGCGCUACUUUGUGGAGGUUCGCCAUUUGGAUCUGUGCUCCCUGCGCAGCGUGCAUCAGCUCGCCAGCCAACUGAUGUCCGAGUUCGAGCGCAUCGAUGUGCUGGUGAACAAUGCGGGCAUAGUGUUUGGUGACACACGGAUACCAACGCCGGAUGGCUUCGAGCAGCACAGCCAGGUUAACUAUUUGGCGCCGUUUUUGCUGACGCAGCUUCUGCUGCCGCAUUUGCGACGGGCGGAACAGGGCCGGAUUGUGUUUGUGUCGGCGCACGCUCAUCAGGCGGCAAAAAUUGAUUUCGAUGAUCCACUAAAUGUGGGCACCUAUUCGGUGAAGUUUCAUGCACGCGAUGCCUUUGCCCAUUCCAAGCUGGCCGUGAUUUUGGCCACGCGCUGGCUGGCCCGAGAGCUGAAAGAUACCCCCAUUACGGUCAACUGCUGCACGCCCGGACUGGUGAGAGGCACCCGGCACCUGCGCAACUCACCGCUAAUGUCGGCCAUUUGCGUUAAGGUGAUCACCUACCCGUGGAUGUGGCUGUUCAUGAAGAAUGCCAGCGAGGGCGCCCAGUGCGCCAUACGGCUGGCGACGGAUCCCCAGCUGAAGCAAGUAACCGGCGAGUACUUCAAUGACUGCGAAAUUUCGCCAACAACGGAGGCUGGCCGGGACAAGGAAUUGGCCAAGAAAUUAUACAUGCAGACCAUAAAAACGCUUCAGCGCGUUACCAAACUAACAGUCGACAAGGAGGCGUGCACCAUGGCGACACAGCUUCAGCUCGAAUCCGGCAACUGAUUUAUGUGCUGCACGCGGCCGGGCAGAGACGAAGUCCGCAACUUUCAACAUCUAUUUGCAUUUGGUUUAACAAUUGCCGCAUUAGCCAGGCCCGCGCAACCCCGCCCCCUCCCAUUCAGAAUCAGGCAAACUGGCCACUUAGAAGCUGCCCCAAAUUUGAGGGUCUGCGACUGAAGCUGAAGCAGUGACUGCUUC